CGGGCUGGCGCGCUCGGGUCCCGGCGGCGGCUGAGGCGGCGGCCCCGGCCUAAGGGGCUGGGGUGGGGGGGAGCUCCCGGGCGUCCGGACGGGGCUGGGAACGGGACGGGAUGGCGGCACCGUGAGGAGCUCGCAGCCUCAGCACGGACUGGAUGCGCACGGGCGGCAGGACGCUGUCACACGCUGCCCGCGCUCUCUGCAGGGGCACAGCGCAGUUCUGCCCUCGCCCACAGCUCCCCUUGCCCAGACUGUUGUCCCGCUGUGCCGGAGCCAGCCGCGGGUGCUGGUGCCAGCUGCUGUUCCAGCCUGUCGCUGUGCCAUCCCCGCAGCAGGCGUUUCCCCUGUCCCUGCUGUUGGGCAGCUGGCUGCGCUCGGCCUGCGCGGCUGCGGGGGACAUGGCGGAGCAGCGGUACUGCGUGGACUAUGCCAAGCGAGGCACCGCGGGCUGCAAGAAGUGCAAGGAGAAGAUCGUGAAGGGGAUGGUGCGCAUUGGGAAGAUUGUUCCCAAUCCUUUCACCGAGUCCGGAGGGGACAUGAAGGAAUGGUACCACGUUAAGUGCAUCUUUGAGAAGCUGGAUAAGGCCCGGGCCACCACUAAGAAAAUUGAAGACAUCACAGACUUGGAGGGGUGGGAAGAGCUGCAGGAUGAGGAGAAAGAAACAAUCAACAAGUACAUCUCAGAAGCCAAUUCCAAGACUGGAGGUACCCCAAAGAAAAAGGUGAUAGUGCAGGCAAAACUCACUGCCACAGGACAGCUGACCACAAAAGAUCCACCAAAGAAAUUCUCUGGAUUCUCUGCCAAGCCAAAGAAUGCAGAAGAUUCUCCUGCCAAGGGUGCCCAGCAGCCCAGCCUGUCUGCAGCCAGGUGUGACCCCCAGCACAAGGACUGCCUGCUGCGCGAGUUCCGCAAGCUCUGCGCCAUGGUGGCUGAGAAACCAAGCUACAAUGUCAAAACCCAGAUCAUCCAGGACUUCCUCAGGAAGGGAUCUGCAGGAGAUGGUUUUCAUGGUGAUGUAUACCUGACCAUUAAGAUGCUGUUACCAGGUGUCAUUAAAAUAGUUUACAACUUGAAUGAUAAGCAGAUUGUGAAGCUGUUCAGCAGGAUUUUUAACUGCAACCAGGAAGAAAUGGUCCGGGACCUGGAGCAGGGAGAUGUUUCUGAGACCAUACGGAUCUUCUUUGAGCAGAGCAAGACCUGUCCUCCAGCAGCCAAGAGCCUCCUGACCAUCCAGGAGGUGGAUGAGUUCCUCAUCCAGCUGUCCAAGCUCACCAAGGAGGAUGACCAGCAGACUGUCCUGCAGCAGAUCAGUCGCAGGUGUACGGGCAAUGACCUGAAGUGCAUCAUCAGGCUAAUUAAGCAUGACUUGAAAAUGAAUGCUGGAGCAAAGCACGUGUUGGAUGCUUUGGAUCCCAACGCUUACGAGGCGUUCAAGGCCUCCCGGAACCUGCAGGACGUGGUGGAGAGGGUGCUGCAGAACCAGCAGGAGGCAGAGAAGGUGCCAGGGCUCAAGAAAACCCUGAGUGUGCAGGCCUCACUCAUGACCCCAGUGCAACCCAUGCUGGCUGAGGCCUGCAAGUCCAUCGAGUAUGCCAUGAAGAAGUGUCCCAACGGGAUGUACGCAGAGAUCAAGUACGACGGCGAGCGCGUGCAGGUGCACAAGAACGGGGAUCACUUCAGCUACUUCAGCAGGAGCCUCAAGCCUGUGCUCCCCCACAAAGUAGCCCAUUUUAAGGAUUUCAUCCCCCAGGCUUUCCCUGGUGGGCAAAGCAUGAUUCUGGAUUCAGAAGUUCUCCUGAUUGACAAUAAAACUGGCAAGCCACUUCCUUUUGGGACUCUUGGUGUGCACAAGAAAGCUGCUUUCCAGGAUGCCAACGUUUGCCUCUUUGUGUUUGACUGCAUCUACUUCAAUGACAUCAGCCUCAUGGACAGGCCCCUGUGUGAACGGCGCAAGUUCCUCCACGACAACAUGGUGGAGAUCCCCAACAGGAUCCUCUUCUCAGAGAUGAAACAUGUCACAAAAGCUUCAGAUCUGGCAGACAUGAUCACCCGGGUUAUCCGGGAGGGGCUGGAAGGGCUGGUGCUGAAGGAUCUAAAGGGUAGUUAUGAGCCAGGGAAACGCCACUGGCUGAAGGUGAAGAAGGAUUAUCUCAACGAGGGGGCAAUGGCUGACACUGCUGACCUGGUGGUGCUGGGGGCUUUCUAUGGGCAAGGCAGUAAAGGUGGGAUGAUGUCCAUCUUCCUCAUGGGCUGCUACGACCCCAAGAGUGAGAAGUGGUGCACGGUGACCAAAUGCUCUGGUGGCCACGAUGAUGCCACCCUGGCACGUCUGCAGACAGAGCUGGACAUGGUGAAGAUCAGCAAGGAUCCUAGUAAAAUUCCAAGGUGGCUAAAAAUUAACAAAAUCUACUACCCAGACUUCAUUGUCCCAGAUCCAAAGAAAGCCCCGGUGUGGGAGAUCACGGGGGCCGAGUUCUCCAGGGCCGAGGCGCACACGGCUGACGGGAUCUCCAUCCGCUUCCCGCGCUGCACCCGCAUCCGCGAUGACAAGGACUGGCAGACAGCCACCAACCUGCAGCAGCUCAAGGAGCUGUACCAGCUCUCCAAGGAGAAGGCUGAUUUCAGUGUUACAGCUGGGGAGGAGGAUGAGUCCACAGCUGGCAGCAGUGGAGAGAAUGAUGGGAAUUCCAGGUCUUCCACUCCUCACAGCAGUAUUAAGAGUCCCCCAAGCAAGUCACCUGCAAAAGCCCAGAAGGCAGAAGACAGCAAAGAAGUCAUUGGAUCCCCUCAAAAAUCUUCUAUCAAAAGUCACUUCUUACCUCAAAAAUCCGAGGAGAAACGAGGGGAGAAGAGAAAAGCAUCUGAGAUGGAGGACAAUGGAAAAAAGCAGCCCCUGCUGGACAUUUUCACGGGGGUGAAGCUGUACCUGGCGCCCUCAGUGCCGGACUUCACCCGGAUCCGCCGCUACUUCAUCGCCUUCGACGGGGAUCUGGUGGAGGAGUUUGACACGGCCUCGGCCACCCACGUGCUCGGGGACAUCGAUGACAACCCCGGGGCACAGCGGGUGACUCCCAGGUGGAUCUGGGAGUGCAUCCGGAAGCGCAGGCUGGUGGCGCCGUGCUAGCACAGGGGGCAGUGCUGGCAUGGACAGCUGGAAUGGGGAGUGGAGGGAACGGGAGAUCCCUCCCUGGAGGUGUGCAGAGACAGGAAGUGCCCUCAGGUAGCUCCAGAGAUCCAGAGCAGCCCUAUGGAAUGAAUUUAAAAAGGUCUCUGAAGAAAUGUCACUGCUGAAUCCCAUUUUCCUGCCCAUACUGUAGAACCACCACCCUUAUCCAGGUGCUGGUUUAAUCUCCUUGGGUUUUUAAAGUUUGGGUAUUUUUAUAGAUAAAUAAAACUGAAGCAGCUUCUC